AUGGACGAUAAGAGCACCAUUGAGGUGGUCAUUCCACAGCGGCAUCAUAACCGCCCUAUACCAAGGCAACUCACGGUGGAUGAGGCUCUGCAAUUUACGCCCAUGACAACCUCUGUACUGCCUGCGCAUGACCGUAUCCCUAUUCCACAACUUAGUCGGUCGCAAAACUUUCGGCUGACAACUCCCGCUGAGCGACAGUCUGUAUACCGCAAUGAGUUCUGCAAUCCCAAAGUGAAGGAGAGACUGGCAGUACUGUUGGAUCCAAGCAGACUUUCCGAGAUUAAAUUCAAGCGAUCUCCAGUCCGAAGUGAAUCAAAAGUGACCCUGGAUCUCAAUCCUAUACAAAAAAUGGUUUUAAGAAAGACAAAGAUUGACUAUGCCUACCCCUCUUCAACACCCGUCAAGAUUGACGACGCCUACCCUACUGUCAAGUCUUAUCAAAAAAAACCAAUAGCAACUCCUAAGAUUGAUCGGACUGCUUCAAAGGCUACACUGGAUCCUGGUUUGAGUGUGGAGAUCCCUCAGAUGCCUUCCUCUUUUCAACGAGAUGAGUAUGCGCCCGUGACUGAGUCACCCAAACAUCGCAAGUCGAAUGAGUCCAAGAUGAAUCCAAAUGUCGCUCUCGCCAUCAGCUCCAAGAGGGAGAAAGACACACUACUCUUAGCAUCCUUCGAAAACCAGCUAUUGGAGAUUUUCGAAGCGCAAGAUCGACUGGCUCCUGAUACAUCUGCUAUCGCCGUGAACCACGACCGAGCUGUAUUUGAUUUCGCCGAUGACGAGGACGACUCAGAACCGCGUCUGUCACUACAGAUUCAAGACAAAAUCCAAGUCUCCCUCAACCAUUUGGUCUCGUCAUCUCGGUUGGUGGAUGCCUCAGCUGAGUAUCUACGACGAUUACAAUUAAUCUGUGAGCCCGCGGUAGAGGUAGCACAGGCUGUCAACCUGAGAGUCCAACCCGAUUCAUCAGAGGAAGAUAUCAAAAUCUGGUUAUCAAGGCUUCGCAAGGCAGAAAGUGGUGCUAUUUCGGCCUGUACUUUCAUCUACGUUGUACUUGGUAAUCCUCAAAAGGAGGAACUUGUGAACCUUGAAGUCUUGCAAUGGCUUCCGAAUGUGAUGGUGAACAUAUUUGAGAACUGUAUCAUUCCAAUCGUUGAGUCUCGCCCCGAGGGUCAAAACAGUCAUUUGUUCGACUUGGCAUCACGUAACCCCGAUCCUGUGAAGAGACUUCUCGAUGCUGGACGAAAACUACUGGAUCUUGUUGCACGAGUCUGCAUCCAAAUCAAAGGCGCCGGAUCCAUUGUCAAUGCGACCGAUUUCAUGGCCUCCAGGCUCAUCUUUGUCCAAAACGCUUUCAAUGACAAGACUUCUGCCAUAGGAUCUCAGACCUAUGAGCGAGUUCGAAAGCAGGCAAUGGCAGCACUUGCCAAACUCUAUGCCGCAUUUCCAGCUGAGAGACACGCCAUCUUAGAUGAAGUCCUGACAUCCUUGGAUAAACUACCGUCAAAUAGCAGAAGCGCCAGACAAUAUAAGUUGGGCAACGGCAAAAGUAUCCAGCUUGUAUCUGCUCUUUUCAUGCAGCUCGUGCAAACCCCAGCAAUGUCUACGGGCAAGAAGCAAAAUCAGAAAAAGCCUCGCCACCGCAAAAACCGUGCUCGUGAUGCUGAUAGUUCUGAAGAUGAGGAGUCAACGAGCGAUUCAGAAAACGAAGGAGCGACCAAGGUUGACUAUGACCCCUUGUCAAAGCUUGGUCGGCUCUCCGAAUCGCUGUUUGAUGACGCUUUCAAGAGUGCACAGCAAAUUGUUGGCUGGAUGGUUGACAAAGCUUCCAAAGUGACCAAGACCGGAGAUUCGCCUUACAGGAAUAUCCUCGACCUUUUCGUUGAAGAUCUCACCGUGGUGCUCACUUAUACGGAGUGGCCUGCAUCAGAAUUACUUCUUACGGUCCUUGCAGUUCGUAUGAUCAGUCUCGCCAAGAACGACAAGGCUGCAUCGACAAAGAACAUGGCUCUGGAAUCCUUGGGAGUCAUGGGAUCAGCUAUUUCCGUGACAAGAGCAUCUGCAAGGGCCUCGCUGGCAUCGAUUUUGCACAAUUCGGGAGAGUCAAAUCCCUCAGUAAUAGCUAGCGACCUUUCGGGGCUCGUGAAGGAUCGAGCCCAUUUCCUACUACAGAACGACGAACUGAUCCCAGACAACGGUCCUUUCUCCAUCGUCCGGUCUUACUUAAGUUCGAAGGCCGGUGAAAGUUUGAGAACUCGAUCUGCAAGAGCAUACUUCCUCGUUCAAUACGCAGCCAUGGUUUCUCGAACACUGAAAGGACCCGUCAAGCAAGGGGACGAAGGUCAGCAGGUGCAGGAACUCAACACUACAAUCGACUCGCUUCUACAGCAACUUUCCGCACCGGACGAGUCUGGAGAUUCAUAUGAUCAUGAUCGACAAGUAACGCCCCAGGAAGCACAAUUGGCGUAUAUGCUUUGCAUUCUUAACAUGCGAUUCUGUCGACGAUUUCCAGAAAUUGCCAAAACACUUGCCUCGUCACUCUCCAGCGAUCAAGCACAGGUUCGAAGCCGUAGCUUAAAAAGUGUUGUCACUAUCCUAGAGACCGAUUCCAGCCUUCUAGACUGGGACCCCACCAUUGCAGACGACGUCUUCAGAUGCGCCUCAGACGAUUCUUCUUUGGUUCGAGAUUCAGCCUUAUCUCUCAUCGCCAAAUUCAUCGUACCUCGGCCAGCGCUCGAGCAAAAGGCGUUCAAGCGAUUAUUGGCCUGUGCUGGGGAUGGGAAUGUGGGGGUGCAGAAACGAUCCAUUGGCCACCUGAAAGAUAUUUAUCUUAAGGAGUCCAGGGUCAAUGUCAAAACAACUAUUGCCACUGAAUUUCUCCGACGGACUUCAGAUCUUGAGGCAUCGGUGGCUGAAUUAGCAAGAAAGACACUGACGGAUGUCUGGAUUGUUCCGAAGUUGGCGCUAUUGUCUUCUACGGGUGAGUCCGCUCACGCGGAAGUUGCCAUCGAUGACCUGAAAGCACACAUUGUGUCGUGUACCAGUCAAGAUACUGUCGGGCUGGGUCCCAUUCUCAAGGACUUUCUGGUAUGGAAGCUCAAAGAUUCCAAAAAUGCCGAACAGGUGCAACAGCUUUAUGCUCGUAUUGUCAAAAACCUCCUUGAGAUGGCGAAUGGUUCAGAAGCUGGUCCAGCAGAAUUGACCACCUUGGUGGCUUUCGCAGAAGCUCGCCCUCAAACAAUCGUUCCUGGGGACUUGGCAGGCUUGAAAAGCUAUCUGAAGGACUUGUCACAGUCUGAUGAUCUCUUGAAGUUCCGAUCUGUGGUGGCCAUCUUCCGCUGUGUUCUGCCACAUUUGUCAAGCACCCAGAGCCAACUUUUACUGGAUGUUCAACUGGACCUGAUGAAGGCUGGCCCCAAAGUAGUUCGACGUGAGGAUUUGGAAGAAGUCAUGUCCUGCUUGAGAAGCAUUGAUGGAGUUUUACACAACACAACCAAGCUUGUGGUCUUUGCAAUCUCUAUUCUCCAGAAUGUUCUUCGGCCCCAACUUCCGGCACAGCUUCGAGAAAAACUGAUGAAGGAAAAUCCAGAGGCAGUCGCAACUAGAGAGAACGGAACACGAACCAAGAUGCUGCGCCUAAUCGGGACGAUUACGAAAUAUAUCGACUUUGAGCAGCACCCGCAUGAAUUCCGACAAAAGUUCCCAAGCUUCAAAGCCGGCUCUGUGGCGGGGUUCAUUGCAGAUUCGAUUGUGCCCUUUACUUUCAAGGAUGUUGCCAUGGAGGUCAGGGCAAAGGCAUUGGAAGGCUUGGGCUCUAUCUGUCAAGCAUGGCCAGGACAAUUCAACAAGAAACAUAUCCGAGAAAGCUUCUUUCAAAUCCUGGACGGCUCCUCACUCAAGUCUGUAUCCGAGGCGGACAUUCUGAAAAUGCAAAUUGUGGUUCUUGGCAUCUUUGCAGAGCUGUAUGCGACUCGUGCCGGCGCAAAGGCCGAGCUAGACAAGGCGGAGGGUGAGAGUGAGGUGCAAGCCCUGAAAAAUAUUGGUGGCACGACCAAAGCCCGAGAAGAUGACAGCGCCAUCUCAACCAUCACCAAUCCACUGGUUGAUCAUCUCUUACGCAUUGCGAUGUCAGAAAAGGGAGAGAAAGCUUUGCUUGCAGCUCAAGCCCUUGCGAGCAUCGACCAUCAAGGUAUGACUCACCCUAAACAGAGCACUGCGGCAUUUGUGGCUCUUGAGACGAGUCCAGAACUGCGGGUGUCGAGUGUGGCCAAGACGGCCCAUGAACAUCUCCAUCAGCAACAUGAAUCGGUAUGUGAGAGAGAAUACAUCCACGCCGUAUACGAGGCGUUCAGAUACCAGAACGAGGUGUUUCAAGACCCCCGUGGUGCAACAGCGCCUGCGUUCAAAGCCAAACUUUCGCCUGCCUUUACCAUUAUCAGCACCAGUGGCUCAAAAUAUGUGAAGAAGUUCCUCAGCAGUUUGAUAUCCAAACUCAAUACGGAGCAUUCGAAGUUGAAUAUUGGAGAAUCGGAAGUCCCGUCACAUCUUCUGUUUGUGCUGUUUGUCACCCAAAAUCUGGCAUUCUUCGAAUACAAAAAGAUGGAGGAAUUGCUGCAUACAGUAUUACAACUCGAGUUGGCUUUUGGCAAGAACGGAGGAGAGUUAGCUCAAGCCAUUGAAACUCAUAUUGCACCUGCAGCGCCUGUCGCCCCCGUCACAGUACCGAUGGAAGUCAAUGGCGAAAUGGAAAUGGCAGAACAAACGGCUAUUGUUAAGCCAGAAGAGCCGCCGAUCGAUCCUGUCUUAUUGAGACAGCUUUCCGUGGCAGCAUGUGCAAUGACAUUGGUUUCCGAGGCGAGGAAUUUCUUGAAACGACAAUACGGCAUAUCUCGCGAUGUGAAGCUGGCAAUGCAGCAACAGAAACAAACGAAAGACGCGACGAAAGAACCAGUCAGAGUUCACGGCAUCACUGGUGAACGAUUUUGGACCAACAGCAACUCGGUGCUGGCAUCGUUGGAGAGCACCGAGGCUAUGCUGGCAAGAUGCCGAGAAUUUGUGACAUUGGUGGCAAUCGAUGAUGAGGUCAAGAUUGCAGAAGAUGAGGGCGAAGGUUACGCAGUCGACAAUGGGUAUGAAGCCAGUGUGCCUGCCCCUCGUGGAAAGAAGAGGAAAAGUACAGGCUCAAUCGGCGGUACACCCAAGAGACCACGGGGCAGACCGCCAAAGAAUGGUCGACGCUCUUCAAGUAUAUCAUCGCAUGAGGACCCGGAUGCAGAUUUUGCAGGUUAA